CAAAUAAAGCUGGAAAUAGAUGCUGAUCGCAUGGCUCAGCUCAGUAUUUGACCUUUUGAUGAUAUUUGAAUUUGACUAUUCGGUAUCUCCCCUGUGAUACACUUGUUACCUGUCCGCACUCUCCCCCCUGUCCGCGCGUGCGCACCGCGCAUGCUGCAGCCGGCUUGUGUUUAUGUUUCGUCUGCUGUGAGCCAAACGAGCGCACUCUGCUGCUGUAUCAUCAUACUGUCCCUAUUUUUUAAAAAAAGUAAUUUAAACAAGUCACAGAAUUUGUAUGGUAUGGAGGAAAUAUUUAAAUCUCUAUCGGAAGAAGCAAGAGAAUUUCAGUAUGGCAUAUGCAUACCAGAAAUAAAUGUAAAUGAUAUAACUCCACUGAAGUUUUAUAGAUCAUAUGUAUCUGCUAAUCAACCUGUUCUCAUACGAAAUGCCUGCACUCACUGGCCAGCAUUUGCGAAAUGGAAUAAAGACUAUUUUUGCACAAAAUUGGGUGAGAAGAAAGUGAUAGUAGCCAUUACACCUAAUGGUUAUGCUGAUGCUGUGGCUUUUGAUUCUAAAACUAGCAGAGAAUACUUUGUCAUGCCUGAAGAAAGAUCGAUGACGUUUGCUGAAUUUUGGCUGGCUUUGGAUCAACCUGACAAGCAUCCUGGAGUCUAUUAUUUGCAACGCCAAAAUUCAAAUUUGAUAGAGGAACUUCCAGAACUCCUCCAGGACAUAGAUAGGCAUAUACCUUGGGCAACAGAGGCAUUUGGAUCUACCCCAGACGCUGUCAAUUUUUGGGCUGGUGAUGGCAGGGCUGUAACUUCUAUGCACAAAGACCCAUAUGAGAAUAUUUAUUGUGUCAUAAGUGGGCAUAAAGACUUCAUUUUACAUCCACCAACAGAUCGUCCCUGGAUUCCUUACAAACGGUAUCCCCCUGCUGCAUAUUUAGAAGUCUCUCAUGGAAAUUUUGUUAUAAAUCCCCAAAAUUUAGAGCCUUUAAUCGAGAAAGACUCUGAGCACAAGUUAGAGGAUGUACCAUGGAUAUGUGUUGAUCCCUUGGCUCCUGACUUCAAGAGAUAUUCAUCUUAUAGAAAUGCUUCACCUCUACAAGUGAGAGUAAAUGCUGGAGAUGCUUUGUUCCUACCAUCUUUGUGGUAUCAUCAUGUUCGUCAAUCACAUGGAUGUAUUGCUGUCAAUUAUUGGUAUGACAUGCAGUAUGAUAUUAAAUAUGUCUAUCACAAAUUCUUGGAAGCUCUUGUUAGCUCUGUAAAAUAGCUAUAGAGAAUAAUCAAAUGAGAACUGAAUGUAUGUAUUUCAAUGUUCUUUCAAUAAUUUUGAAAGACAACAGUCAAUGUUUCAGUGGUGAUCUAUUAGUCCCCCAAAAAGACAUUUUUUUUGUUUGACAGGUAUUUCAGCACAAAACUAUACAUAUACUAUAUCAUGAAACUAGACUGAAAAAAUCAACUUAGUUUUUAUUUUUUAUUACUUAUUCCCUCCUGCCAGAUCACC